GAAGAGCAGACACAAGCACAGAGAGACGAGCAGCUGCUGUUUGUUGUUGUCCUGAACAAAGAUGGAUUUGAUUGAAUUGUUUUUUAUUUUUCUUGGUACUGCAGUUAUUGUCUACUAUGGAGUAAAAUUGCUGCUUUUCAGUAGGAUGCUUUUUCCAAAAGUGUUUUUUCCACAACCAAAAAACUUUUUCAGUUCUAUGGGAGAGUGGGCAGUGGUGACCGGUGCUUCAGAAGGCAUUGGAAGAGCGUAUGCAUUUGAGCUGGCCGAGCAAGGAAUGAAUGUAGUGAUCAUGAGUAGAACCAAAGCAACACUGGACCAGGUGGCCAAGAAAAUAGGUGACACCACUGGGAGGAAGGUGAAAGUGAUAGUAACAGACUUCAUGAAGGAAAAUGUGUUUGGGGAAAUUGAGGAUCAGCUUCGGGAUCUCAACAUUGGCGUUUUAGUCAAUAAUGUAGGCAUGCUGCCCAGAGUCAUCCCCUGCAAAUUCCUUGAGUCUGCAGAGCUGGACCAGACAAUAACAAAGCUGAUUAACUGCAAUGUGAAAACAGUGGCCAAGAUGUGCAAAAUAAUCCUUCCAGGCAUGGAUAACAGGGGGAAAGGGGUGAUUUUGAACAUGUCUUCUGGAGUGGCUUCUGUUCCAUUUCCACUGUACACCCUCUAUGCUGCUUCUAAGGUGUUUGUGGAAAGAUUCUCUCAAGCUCUGCAAGCUGAAUACAAAGAUAAAGGGAUUAUUAUACAGGCUGUGUCUCCAUUUGGGGUCUCCACUCGAAUGGCGGCUUACGCAGAGAUCAACUUUGUGACGCUGUCACCCGAGGGAUUUGUGAAAAGCUCCCUGCAGUACAUCAGAGCUGGAGACAAGACACACGGCAGCAUCUGCCACAUGGUUCUGGGGUGGUUGCUGCAGUCCAUUCCUCCUAAGGUCCUCUGUUCAGAGUCUAUGCUACACAGCCUCCAAGACUAUGUUAAGCAGAAAACAGCAGCCAAAUCUGCAGCACAGGCAGCUUUUGUAAACGAAGGAAACUAGAAAUCACAGACCUCCACUAUGACCAACGAUCAAAGCCUUUUAUGUUGGAAAAACUUCUUAAAAUCACUUUAUAUGUCUCGACAUGUUGGAUGUAUUGUUUGAACAUCAGUAACGGACAAAUAACGUGGCAUGCAACAAUGUCUCAAGCUGAUGGUGAUUCAGAGAAGAGGGUUUUUUUAGAAGUCACCUGUUGGACAAACUCUGAUUUGUUUUCAUGGCCAAAGUUGAAAAUAAAUAAAUGUAUGGAAAGUUUAUUUUGCCCCUACUAGUAAUCAGUUUUACCUUCCAUUUUGAUUUAUUUCUAUGUAUUCUAAUUUUGUUUGUACUAACUUAAUGGCUUAUUUUGUCUUGUGCUGUAAAGAAACACCAAAAAGUUGGUGCUCCCAUCAUUACUUUAGACAGGCAUGUAACUUGAAUACAUUAGUGAAAGUUUUCAAACUUCAUUUACAUACAUUUUUUAAUGAAUUGUGACUUUUAAAACUGAAAUUAAAAUGAUGUUCUUGGGCUGAAGACAUUCUGAGA